UCGACUGCGUUUUCCGUCUCUACUCGUUAGAGAGAGAGAGAGAGAGAGAGAGAUCGAUCUGCGAGAACAUCCGUUGCGAUGCACGAAAUGGAGCUGCAUGAUCUUUCCGACGAUGCAGAUUACGCCGCGUCACUACAACAGAUCUGCAGAAACAGGAAAAGGAGUUAAUGCAUUGAGUUGACACCAUUUGUUUUCUUGCUCAAAGGGGUCAAGAAGCAAUGCACAUGGGGAUGCUGGUAAAAGAAGUGGGUCCAGUGAGCCUAAUGGAUCUGAAGUGGUUUAUGUGAAGGACAAUGUUACCAUUCAUCCAACCCAAUAUGCUUCCGAAAGGAUAAGUGGACGAUUGCGACUCAUCAAGCAAGGCUCUUCCUUGUUCAUGUUGCUGUCAGGAUUAGAGAUACAUCUGUUCUGCAGAUUUUAACAUUGGAUAUGCUCCAAGUCUUAUCUCAGUCACUCUUGGGUAAUUUCUCGUUUUGGCAGACAUGGAUUCCUUACAAACCAAGCAAUAACGAUUCUGUGGGACAAAGCUCAAAUGCCAGGUUACCUGAAAAAGACAGAAACCUAUACACUAUUCGAGCUGUGCCUUUAACUGAUGUACGAUCCAUUCGUCGACAUACUCCUACACUUGGAUGGCAAUACAUUAUUGUGGUCUUGACAUCAGGACUUGCAUUUCCUCCUCUUUACUUCUACAAUGGAGGUGUCCGUGAAUUUCUAGCAACACUAAAAGAACACGUGUUUCUUGUGAGGUCUGCAGACGAUGCGAAUGUCUUUCUCGUGAAUGAUCUUCAGGAUCCUCUCCAGAGAAGCCUCUCGUCGUUGGAGCUUCCUAGGGCAGUUUACUUGGCAAAUGGUACAUCUUCAUGCAUUUCACCGAAUACAGUUCGCUCAACUGAUGAUUCUGAGAGGACCUAUGAAAAUACUCAUGAUGCAACUUCUAGCCUAUCUGAAUAUAAUGGGAAGCAUAGACAAAAGACUCAUGAUCCUGCUCGUGAUCUCUCGAUUCAUGUACUGGAGAAAUUUUCUCUGGUUACGAAGUUUGCCCGUGAAACAACCUCACAUCUCUUUCGUGAAAGUCAUAAUGAUAGUUUCGGUACUUACGAUAGAAUCCACCAAGUACAGACUGUGCCAGUUAAUGCACCUGGUAGUGCACCUGAUGACACAAUAAAGCCUCAAGAUGAAAUACCCGUGGCCUCUGAUCCUUUGGAGAACACCAUCUAUAGAAAAAAAAAACAUGGUGAAGAAGCUGUCACCAGGGUGGGGACUUUUGAGCUUAUCAAUUGUAAGGAGUUUGAUAAAUUGUCACUUGUUUGGGGAAAACCAAGGCAACCUCCUUUGGGAUUGGAAGAGUGGGCUACUUUCUUUGACUCUGAAGGACGAAUCAUGGAUUCAAAAGCUUUAAGAAAGAGAAUAUUCUAUGGCGGUGUUGAACACUGUCUUCGGAAAGAGGUUUGGAAGUUUUUGUUGGGGUUUCAUGCAUAUGAUUCAACGUAUGCUGAGAGGGAAUAUCUUGAUUCAAUUAAGAAAUCAGAGUAUGAAACAAUAAAGCAUCAGUGGCAGAGUAUCUCCCCAGCACAGGCGAAAAGGUUUACAAAGUUCAGGGAACGGAAAGGCCUUAUUGACAAGGAUGUGGUAAGGACAGACAGAUCUAUCUCCUUCUAUGAUGGUGAUGAUAAUCCAAACGUGACACAACUACGUGACAUACUACUGACUUACUCAUUCUACAACUUUGAUCUCGGUUACUGUCAGGGCAUGAGUGAUCUUUUGUCUCCUAUACUGUUUGUAAUGGGGAAUGAAUCAGAGUCAUUUUGGUGUUUUGUUGCCCUGAUGGAACGUCUUGGACCCAAUUUCGAUCGCGAUCAAAAUGGCAUGCAUUCCCAACUUUUGGCAUUGUUGAAGUUGGUGGAGUUACUAGACAGCCCAUUGCACAAUUAUCUAAAGCAGGCUGAUUGCUUGAACUACUUCUUUUGCUUCCGCUGGAUUCUUAUACAAUUUAAAAGGGAAUUUGAAUAUGAGAAGACGAUGCUUUUGUGGGAGGUGCUGUGGACCCACUACUUGUCCGAGCAUUUCCACUUAUAUGUAUGUGUUGCAAUCCUGAAAAGGUACCGCCAGAAGAUAAUGGGGGAUCAAAUGGACUUUGACACACUCUUGAAGUUCAUUAACGGGCUGAGUGGCCAUAUCGAUCUCAAUGGAGCUAUAAGGGAUGGUGAGGCUCUGUGCAUCUGUGCUGGCGAAAAUGGUUCGGCUUGCAUCCCACCUGGAACCCCACCAUCUCUGCCCAUCAACACUGAAUUAAUGAAUCCUCACCAAGAUGAUGAUGAUGAUGCUUGUAUGUGAACAUGUCAUGAGACUGAAUUAAUGGGCUAAUACUUAAGAGUUCAGUUCAUUUCAUUUCUGCAUUGCUAUUUGUAUAUGCAUGCUUUCUGUGGUUUCUCAAUACAAACCCACAUGAAUGAUGUCAGUAGAAGCUGAACAACUGAUGAUGAGUCGGAAACCAAUGGCUGUGAUAUAUCUUCUGAUCAGUCCUCUUUCCCCUCUUACAUGAGUGGGUGGAGGUCAGACAUGAUUGUAUAAGGUUUCAAGUCCGAUCACUCCACCCGGCAAAUAGCUUCCAACAUUUCAUGUGUAUGCGACAUCCAACCCAUCACUGGGAUUACAUCGUGAAGAAAUCAGCCACAUCCACUCACCGAGUGGACCACACUUGUAUUUUGUUA